AAACAAUAUCCUGUUUAAAAGAGAGAGAACGCCUAUGAUAGUUUUUCAGAAUUAUCGGGAGCAAUUUCAUUAAGCAGCUGGCUGUGUUAAACUCUCAAUACUGGAUUAGCUCCUACUGACUGAAGAAGUGUUGGUCUUUGAUGAAAGCAGUUACAUUUAAAAGUGGAAUUGAAAACCAUGGCAGCUUCUGCAUGUCGUGAACUGAUCCUAAAGGCAGCAUUUAUGUGCCUCCUUAAACUUGCCUUCAGCUACAGUUUCAGGAGUUGCACAGAGGACACAGAUUCUAACCAUAAAAUCUUCACAUGUAUUAAAUGUCACGAACCAGACAUAGCUACAAUUGUGAGUGAUGUAUAUCCCACAGCAACAAACCUUACAGUUUCUCGCAGUAACACUACAUAUGUUCAAGGCCGAAGCUUCUAUCAUCUGUCUAAUCUGACUUCUCUGGUACUGGACAGUAACUUUAUUUCUAAAAUCCACAAAGAUGCUUUUAAUAAUCUGCAACAACUUAAGACUUUAAAUCUGUCCUGCAAUAACAUAUCAUUUCUCCACCGUGAUGUCUUCAGUGACCUCCAUAGCCUCACAGAGCUGAUCCUGGAAAGCAACAAACUCAAUAAUACUGACAUGUUCCUGUUUUCCAAAUUGACAAACCUGAAGACUCUCGACCUACGCAGGAAUCGCCUAAAAAGCUUUUCCGCUUUGGUUGAAUGUAUAACAAACCUGUCUAGCUUGAUAAAACUGGACCUUUCCCAUAACAAGUUAACCACCCUGAAUCACUCCCACCGUCUGCCAGAGUCGCUUGCCAGUCUAAACCUCAGUUCUAAUAAUCUACACAAACUGGGAUGUGACAAGUCUUUCCUAAUGUAUGUGAAAGAACUAGAUUUCUCAGACAACAACAAAUUGUCAUCCGAGACUUUUCGGGGCCUGAAUCUGGAGAAUAUAAUGUACCUGCGAUUGCGCUUUACCGAUGUCUGUGUUUUCAAGCUUCUUAAUUAUACCAAUGUACGACCGUGGAGCAUCGACUUCUCUGGUUUGAAACUGAAGGACUCUCGUGCGCUGUCUUCAUUGUGUUAUCUUCUGCGACAUCACCACCAUAAAACACAACACAUACAUAACAUGUACCUCCAGGCCAAUUCCAUAAAAGCUCUAAAAAACAACACAUUUUGUAAUUGCCCAAAUAUCACAGGUAUAAUGGACCUCUCACUAAAUGAUAUGAAAACCACGGUCUGCUUACGGUUUCUGCAUGGUCAGUACCAACUGGAAAGUCUCAAAAUGGAACAUAACCAUCUGACCAAGCUACUGCCCUGCAGCAAAACAGAAAAGCUCUACAGCCUGAGAAGCCUGAGCUAUCGAUACAAUCGUAUUCUACAGGUCAAAGGUUUUGCCUUCAGUAAUACACCAAAAUUAACAAACCUUGAGCUAAACAUAAACAUAAUUGCUUAUAUGGACCAUAAAGCCUUACAUGGACUAAAAGAUCUUGUUACACUUCGUCUAGACAACAACCUUUUGACUGAUGUCUACAAUGACAGCUUUGAAGAUCUUACCAGCCUGAAGACUCUCAACCUGCGCAACAACCAAAUAGCUGUUAUUUUCAACUAUACCUUUCAUUCUCUGUCAAAUCUAACUAUUUUAGAUUUAGGUGGGAACAAGAUCACACAGCUGAAGCCACAUGCAUUUGAUGGGCUGCAUAGCUUGGCCAAUUUGUAUUUAGAUAGAAAUCGUCUGAAAGAGAUCGACAGCGGACUCUUUGGGAAACUCCAUGCCACCCUGAAGGUGCUGGAUUUAGAGGCUAACCACAUUGUUUAUUUUAGAGAACAUGCAUUGUCGCCAUUUAUAAAUAUGUCGAGGCUUCUCGACCUGAAACUUGAUGCACAGGAACCAAAUGGCAUAAACUUGUUGCCGCGUGCGUUUUUCCGGGGACUAACUUCUCUGAAAAGUCUUUACCUUACUAAUAACCAUAUCAUUGGAUUUGGUGCUGAAACAUUUGAUGACCUGAAAAGCUUGGAGUUAUUAACUCUAGACAACUCAUGUGCUGGGAUAGCCCAACUCUAUCCUGGUAUUUUCAAAAACCUUCGAAAAUUGAAUAAACUAUCUGCUGAGAACAUGGGCAUUCAAACUUUUUCAAAAGAGGUCUUUGGAAAUUUGACAGGACUAAAGACACUACAUCUGAAUCGCAAUGCCAUGAUAUCUUUGGACAUCAGUUUACUGGACAGUCUGACCAAUUUGACAUACAUUGACAUGCGCAGUUGUCCUCUAAGUUGUGGCUGCCGGAAUAGCGAUCUACAGAACUGGACUCUAACCAAUAAAAAACUCCAAUUUCCUUAUCUUUUCAAUAUUACAUGCCAAGACCAUCCAGGCUCAUAUUUUCACAACUUUGACACUAACGUGUGUUAUCUGGAUAUAGAACUCUACUUAUUUUCCUUAACUUUUACAUUCACAAUCUUAUUAACCUUAAUACCAUUUCUCUAUAUCAGACUUUAUUGGAAGUUUAAAUAUGGCUACUACGUGUUUCGUUCGUGGUUUGGAGAACAGUGGCGUCGCUUAAGGGACCAGGAGGAAAAAUACAAGUAUGAUGCCUUUGUUUCCUACAACUCGGCAGAUGAAGACUGGGUAAUGGAACAGUUGCUACCGAAUCUCGAAGGUUCUUGUUUUCGGCUCUGCCUCCACCAUAGAGAUUUCGAGCUGGGCCGCGAUAUUGUCGACAACAUUGUGGCUGCUGUAUAUGGAAGUCGCAAAACGAUCUGCGUGGUCAGUCAGAGCUUCCUUCGCAGUGAAUGGUGCUCACUGGAGAUCCAGCUGGCCAGUUAUCGUCUCUUUCAAGAAAUGCAGGAUGUGCUUUUGCUGGUCUUUCUGGAGCCUAUACCUAAGCGGCAACUGUCCACUUAUCACCGUAUGAGAAAGGUCAUGCUCAAAAAGACCUAUUUGCAGUGGCCUGGGUCAAAUUGUUCUGAUCCAAGCAGUGCAAAAGAACUGUUCUGGAAUCAGUUAAAGAGAGCACUAAGGAGCAGCAACACUGGAAACCAAGAGGAGCAGAAGAUGGAGGAGAAUGAUCAGAGGAGACAAGAGAAGGAUAUGGAGAAAAGAGAAUAUUUUGUGAAUCAGACACCAACAGAUAAGGAAGAGUAUUACCUAAUGCCCUGACUAUAUGUAUAAGGCCAAAGGCUAUAAAUUCUAUAGCCUGAAUAUAUUACAAACAUGUAAAAAUAAUAAUAAUAAUGGAAAAGAUACAAAGUCACCAGAAGCGAUUUUUUAUUUUUAUAAGGCUUUUGUGGUAAAAAUGUAAUGAAAAUUAAAUAAAUUAAAUAAUUAAGUAAAUAGAAAUUCAACAGGUAAAAUAACGGUGAUCUGUUUACUUUACAAGAGUAUUAAACAGCUGAAUUCUUAUAUUUCAGUUUACUACAAGAUAUUUUACCAGAUAUAAAACUUAAAUUGUGAAAUCAGUUUGAUAUAAAAAAUGUAAAUUUUGUACUGCUUUAUUAAAAGGAUAUAACAAAAUCACAUGCAGCUUAUUUUACAGUAUACUGUAUCUAAGGGAAAAAAAGCCUAUGACUAAAUUAAUAAAUAAAAUAAAUAAAGACAGUAAACAAUAAACAUUUACUCUAUUAAUGCAGGAGAACAAAAGAAGCUUAUUGUGCAGGGCUUUUGAUAUUUAUACAGCACAGAGUUAUUUGAUCUUAAAAAGUUCUUUUCACUCUUACUACAUGUGUUACCAGUAUAUACGAACAUAUUAGAGAAAUCAUAAUGUAAGCACACUGAACUCUCAAAUUCAAAUCACAUGUAGAGGUGAUGGUCUUUCAAUUUUUGUAAAUAUAAAAAGGUAAAUCUGUAAUGCAAAAAAAAAGAAAAAAGAAAAAAAGUUACUCGUACAAAGACGGUAAGAUGUAUGCAUAGUUGGACCAUAUCAUCACCAAUGAUGAUUAGAUGAGACUAACCAUGGCAAACAGCCUUUUCUAUAGGUAAAGGGGUGGAUAAAAUGGUGUAAUUGACCUGGGACAGUGUGUCAUACCAAGAUGGUCUGACCUGCGCUGUGUGCUAUAUGGAUGUGGACACCGAACAAAGGGCUCGUACUGAAAGCCCUCUGAAAGAUAGGAUGCUGAGAAUGGCAAGGGAGCCCAUCUUUCUCUUUCAUCCUGAACUUGCUGCUGAUGGGACCAGAAUCUGGAUCCUCCAAAAGAUGGUUUGUUUGUUUCUUGUUUUCUGCUCUCAUAUAUAAAAUUAUGAUCUGUUUCUUCUGUGCACUGUUGAGAGAUUCUGGAGCGAUCAAAAUGUACACUUUUCAAACUCUCUCCUGUGCUCAGUGACCGCUGCUGGGAAAAGGAGUUCACCGGAUGAUCAAGCCAGGUGGGGGCUCUGAGUAUAGGGGCGGCAUGCUGGGUAAAGGUCUGGCUCUGGUUAAAGAGGUCUCUGCUGGGAUUAUUCUGAGCUAUGAAGCAAUCCUGAGAAAAUUCAGCUGCCCUCCACUGGCCAAACUGCAAAGACUGUACAUUCAAAUUCACAUGCAAAAUAGAGUCCUGAACUGCAAGGUGUCAAAUGUUUUUUCCUCUGCAAUAGUCUAGUUUAUGACAACUUUGCUAUUAUUUGGACUUGAUUCUUUACUGUUUUUGCUGGAAGACAUUAAACUUUUUGUCUGAUUUCACUGA